UCCAUCAGAGCAGACGCAUCUCCCCCGCAUUCCUUCUGUUUCGCCUCACCUCCCAUCAGAUAAGGCUCUGCUCGCCCGCCAGCGCGAGAGGGCUUGAUUUCAAAUUCUCAAGGAAGCUUAAUCCGUGAGGAACCCUAGAUUUUGGAUCGGCCGGGCACGCAAGGCCGCAUGAAUCGGCGAAAGGAGUGCGGGCGCCUCGUCAAUUCCGGCUUCUUAAAGCGUCCAUGAGGUUGGCUAUUCACUCUUCUUUCUCCCAGCCUCUUUUGCUGCAGCGGGGAAGGCCUUUGGUUACUCAGCAACGGCGGCGGCAGCAUUACCCUGUAUUGAUUCGCAGCAAGAGGCUGCCAGGGUUCUCCCUUUGCAGGUUUGGUGGCUUUUCUUCAAAAUGCUCUGUUGUGGAUGUCAAUGUUGAUGCAAGCUCCAUCGCAGCAGAGGACGAUACUUCGGAUGAUCUAGCAUCUUGCUCGAAUACAUUGCCUCCCUUGGCAUCAGAUAUUUUCUAUUCCACUUCAUUAAAGCUAUUAAAGGAAGAUGACUGCAUAAAUUCUCUUCUAAGAGAAGUACCGGUUCUAACCAAGGAUGAACAAGAUGCUCUAGCAGCCACUCCAGCCCACCCUGCAGGUUUAUAUGCUUUAUAUGCGAGCUUCCUUGUUGGGAAUGUGGUUGAACAACUGUGGAAUUUUGCAUGGCCUACAGCUGUUGCAACUCUUCAUCCAAGUCUUUUGCCUGUCGCUGUUGUGGGUUUUUUCGCCAAGCUGUCAGUAUUCAUUGGGGCUCCUUUGGUUGGCAAUCUCAUGGAUCACUUUCCAAGAAUUCCUGCAUAUCACAGUCUUAACAUUAUACAGACAGCUGCGCAGCUAUUGUCAGCGGCAAUGAUCAUACACGCACUCUGUAGCCCGCCGUGUAAUUCUGCAUCAGCCGUGCUUUUCCAACCUUGGUUUAUAGUGUUGGUUGCAGUGGGGGCGAUUGAAAGGCUUGCUGGCUUAGCUCUGGGUGUCACGGUUGAGCGUGAAUGGGUUGUUCUGUUAGCAGGCACUAAUAGGCCAAUCGCACUAGCAUAUGCGAACGCCAUGCUGAAUGAUCUUCUUUGUGAGAUAGCUGGGGCUUCAAUUUUUGGGUUUUUGCUAUCCAAAUGCUGUACAGUAACAUGUUUAAAACUUGCUUCUGGACUGAUGAUAUGUGCAUUGCCAAUUUUGUUUAUUUUAGGAGAAUUUAUAAACAGGAGUUCUAGUGGUGCGCUUGAAUGCUCCAAACACUCUCAGGAUUCUGAUAAUUCCUUUAGAGUUAAUUAUCUUUUCAAUAUGGGAAAAAUAGUGGAAAAUGGAUUCAAGUCCAUGAGAAAUGGCUGGAUGGAAUAUAGAAAUCAGCCCAUUCUUCCUGCAAGUUUGGCUUAUGUAUUCCUGUAUUUCAACAUCGCCCUUUCUCCAGGGUCCAUAAUGACAGCAUUUCUAAUGCAUCAUGGAGUCAGUCCCUCGACCAUUGGCGGGUUUAGCGGGUUAUCUGCCUUCAUGGGUGUUGCGGCGACAUUCAUAUCUGCCAAACUAGUUGAAAAAUUAGGCAUUCUGAAGGCAGGAGCUGCUGGAUUAGUAUUUCAGAGUGUGUUUCUCGCCGCAGCUCUCGGGGUAUUUUGUGUCGGUUCUGUCUCAAGGUCAAAGCCGCUGUUUUUCUUCCUCUUACUGAUUGUUUUGUCGAGGCUGGGUCAUAUGUCUUAUGAUGUUGUUGGAACCCAAAUUCUUCAGACCGGAAUUCCUAUUUCGAAGGCGAAUUUGAUCGGGACGACGGAGAUUUCAAUGGCGAGCCUUGCGGAAUUUGCGAUGUUGGGUGUUGCAAUAAUUGCAAAUGAUGUGCGGCAUUUCGGCUUUUUGGCUCUGCUCUCGUUUUCUUCGGUUGCUGUUGCUGCAUGGAUGUUCUGCUAUUGGGUUGGAAACCCUUCUGAUGAACAGAGGGAACUUUUCUCCCUUGAUCCCCAGUUCCAAACAGGAACAAAUUUGUGACUACUUGUUUCUGACUAAUGCUUUUAAACGUUCACGCGGAGGCCAUACAGUAUGGAUGCAUACUUUUCUCAGAUUAAAUCCUCUUCAUGUUAUUGCUAUCAUUUCGGGUUCGGAUUUGGGUUCUGGUCGAAUCGAUUCGAAUUUGGGUUAUUAUUUCACAAAAUCAGGGUGCGUUUGGGGGCAACGGUGCGGUGGAGGUGCUGUAUCGCACCGUAGUUUUUUUCUUUUUGACAAACUUGCGUUUUGCCAUCAUUUUUUAAAAACUGCAACUGAAAAUUACGUUUUCCUACUGGACUUGACUACCUGCGGUGGGUGCUAGAAAGUUGCGUUCUGAAUUUAAAAAAAAAAAAAAUUUAAAUAGUCACUGCAGCCUUUUGAAUAGCAGUUUUUUCUUCAGCUACUUCACGGUUGCUUCUUCAAACAACUGCUGUUGCCCCAGACAAACCCUCAAUUUUUCUAUUUACUCUUUUUUUUUUUCAUUUUUUUAUUUUUUUUAUUUUUAUUUGUUAAAUGGGGUUUUCACUUUUACAAAUUUUGUUGGGCUUAAAUCUCUCUCUUCAUCUCUAUAUACAGAGAGAGAGAGAGAGAGAGAGAGAGAGAGAGAGA